UCCCGCCCCCUCGCUCUCCCUCUCUCAGCUGUGUGUACGAGUACCUGCCAUGCGUGCGUGUGUGAGUGGGCGCGUGAGUGUGCCAUGCCGUUGGUUGUCCUAUGCGGAUUUCACGGUUGCUGCCCUCCUCGUGUCUUGCAACUUCACCCGAAAAGGAACAGACCACACGUCCCUUCGGAAUUCCACUGCCGUUCCACGCACCGGACUGAAGCACGGCAUUCUGCUUGUCUGUCAUUCGGGAACAGCCUACCGAUAGUAGCUCCCUUACUCGCUGCAUCUCUGUGCUACGGUUCAGUGCUGCUGAUACCGGUGGUUUAGUACUGUUGGGGGAAUACCGACACUGCAGAGAGAGGGAGAGAGCGGAGAGGAGGAUGGUUCCUGGUGUAGGAGGAGGGAGGUGAUCAUGGCAGAGUGGUGCCUCUGACCCCCUCUCUUAAGAGCGGAGACUACCGCCUCAACUACCUCCCUCCUCCUCCCUUUCAUCCCAACCCCCUUACCCCACCCCCUCUAACAUUGACAUUGACCUUACACCCCUAACGCCCCCCCCCCCAACACGAGUCACCAUGACGACCUCAGCGUUGCGUCGCCAGGUGAAGAAUAUCGUUCACAACUACUCUGAGGCAGAGAUCAAGGUGCGCGAGGCGACGUCCAACGACCCGUGGGGCCCCUCCUCCUCGCUGAUGUCAGAGAUCGCUGACCUCACCUUUAACGUGGUGGCGUUUGCUGAGGUCAUGGGCAUGGUCUGGAAACGCCUCAACGACCACGGGAAGAACUGGAGACACGUCUACAAGGCCCUGACGCUGCUCGACUACUUGAUCAAGACCGGCUCAGAGAGAGUGGCUCAGCAGUGCCGCGAGAACGCAUUCACCAUACAGACGCUGCGGGACUUCCAGUACAUGGACCGGGAUGGCCGGGACCAGGGGGGCAACGUGAGGGAGAAGGCCCGCCAGCUGGUGUCUCUACUCAGGGACGAGGAACGGCUCAGACUGGAGAGGAGCCAGGCGUUGACC